CGGGCGGGGCUGCCUAUGGGGGUGCGGAGUGAGGACGGGAAUGGGAUUCACUGCUCCCCACCCGCACCUCGCCACUGCCCUGGGGACAUGGAGGCAGCCAGGAGCCUCCAGGCCCCGGCCGAGGACUUCGGUGCCUGGUGCCUCCGUUCUAGGCAGGGCAGGGGCAAUCACAGAGGCUCCCGUGGGGGACCGAGGAGCCAGCCAGACUGGGUCGAGGCUCCAGCCCCGCCCUACCCUAGGGUCAGAGGUUCUCAGGAAUGACCUUGACUCAUGUCUGCCCUCACUGCGGCCGGGCCACUGGCCGGGAAAGAGGAAGAGCCACGCUCAGUCAGGUGGCACCCGGCUCCCUAAACUGCUGGCUGCGGGCCCUUGAGCCUACCAUUUCCCCAACCCCGCUCCAGCCUGGGACCGUCGCCUCUGUGCCUGUCUCGGGCCUCAGUUUCCCUGUGGGGGCAAUGGCGGGGUGAGGCUCCGUGGCUUCCUGGUUGGCAUUUGGUGGCCGUGACUCGGCUAAGGGACUUCCCCGGUAAGGUCUCUUCCAAGGGGCGAGGGGACUCUCCUCGUGGCCGUCGGCCCCACCUCGCCGCUGGAUGGAAGGAACUGGACACCGGGGCCCCCAGCUUGCCUGUCCCUUCCCCAGGUGAACCCUCGCUCCGCCCGAGCCGGGCACCGCCGCCCUUCGCAGCCAGGAUGCCAACGAGGCGCUGGGCCCCGGGUACGCAGUGCAUCACCAGGUGCGAGCACUCGCGCCCCAAGCCCGGGGAGCUGGCCUUCCGCAAGGGCGACGUGGUCACCAUCCUGGAGGCCUGCGAGAACAAGAGCUGGUACCGCGCCAAGCACCACGCGAGCGGGCAGGAGGGGCUGCUGGCGGCGGGGGCGCUGCGGGAGCGCGAGGCCCUCUCUGCGGACCCCAAGCUCAGCCUCAUGCCGUGGUUCCACGGGAAGAUUUCGGGCCAAGAGGCCGUGCAGCAGCUGCAGCCGCCCGAGGACGGGCUGUUCCUGGUGCGCGAGUCUGCGCGACACCCCGGCGACUACGUGCUGUGCGUCAGCUUCGGCCGCGACGUCAUCCACUACCGCGUGCUGCACCGGGACGGGCACCUCACCAUCGACGAGGCCGUGUGCUUCUGCAACCUCAUGGACAUGCAUUACAGCAAGGACAAGGGACCCAUCUGUACCAAGCUCGUGAAGCCCAAGAGGAAGCAGGGGACCAAGUCGGCGGAGGAGGAGCUGGCCAGGGCCGGCUGGCUCCUGCACUUGCAGCACCUGACGCUGGGCAGCCCCAUUGGAGAGGGGGAGUUCGGAGCUGUCCUGCAGGGGGAGUAUCUGGGCCAGAAGGUGGCGGUGAAGAACAUCAAGUGCGACGUGACGGCCCAGGCCUUCCUGGAUGAGACGGCGGUGAUGACGAAGCUGCAGCACCGGAACCUGGUGCGGCUCCUGGGCGUGAUCCUGCACCAAGGCCUGUACAUCGUCAUGGAGUACGUGAGCAAGGGCAACCUGGUGAACUUCCUGCGCACGCGGGGCCGCGCCCUCGUCAAUGCGGCUCAGCUCCUGCAGUUUUCGCUGCACGUGGCCGAGGGCAUGGAGUAUUUGGAGAGCAAGAAGCUGGUCCACCGCGACCUUGCCGCCCGAAACAUACUGGUGUCCGAGGACCUGGUGGCCAAGGUCAGCGACUUCGGCCUGGCCAAAGCCGAACGCAAGGGGCUGGACUCCAGCCGGCUGCCGGUGAAGUGGACAGCACCCGAGGCCCUCAAGCAUGGGAAGUUCUCCAGCAAGUCAGAUGUCUGGAGUUUUGGGGUGCUCCUGUGGGAAGUCUUCUCAUACGGAAGGGCCCCAUACCCCAAGAUGUCGCUGAAGGAGGUAUUGGAGGCGGUGGAGAAGGGGUACCGCAUGGAGCCCCCCGAGGGCUGCCCAGGCCCCGUGCACGCGCUCAUGGGCAGCUGCUGGGAGGCGGAGCCCGCGCGCCGGCCGCCCUUCCGCAAGGUGGCGGAGAAGCUGGCGCGGGAGCUGCGCAGCGCGGGCGCCUCGGCCCAAGGCGGAGGAGGCGGAGGCGGUGGCGGAGGCGGUGGCGGCGGCGGUGGCGGCGGCGGAGGCGGCGGCGGCGGUGGCGGCGGAGGCGGAAGCCAGGACACCAAUGGCUCCCCCUCGCCCCUAAGCCAGGAGCCCUGAGCCCCCGCCAAUGUGGGACCAGGGCCUCGAGGACCGAGAUGGUGGCGGGUGCAGGGCCGGCUUGCCGGGGCGCAGGGCAGCCCGUGGACCGCGCAGCCCCGGAACGAAGGGCGAUCGCCGCCAUAAAGACUGCUUCCGAGGA